AUUCUUAGCUCUUUUGUUCAGUGUUGAGAGAAGAGUUGGGACCGUACUAUCACCUCCACCCAGGCCACGAACUCCAGACUGCCAGCAAUCAAAGUAGUUCUCACUUGAUGAGAUGUGGAAGAUCAAACCCCCCAUCACGUACGCUUUGGAAGCAAAGUACAGGCCCCAUCUCGAGACCUUGGUCCCUACAGACCCCAUGUCCCUGUUCAACCUGAAGAGAGGUUCCCCCGAAGAAGAGUUCCCUAACCUAAAAUACAACUACACGUGUAUGGCGAGCAUCCUGACUCCAAAACUGUAUGCUCGCCAGUUCAACCGUGCCACCCAGAGCGGGGUCAUCUUUGAUGAUGUCAUACGCCCGGGCCUCGAGGAACCAGGGGAGCUUCAUGGACCCAUGUCUGUGGGUUGUGUGGCUGGCGACGGCCAGUCUUACAUCCUUUUCUGUGACUUCUUUGAUCGGGUCAUUGAGGCCUACCAAAACCACAAGAUGAGCAAGUUACAGGAGAGCGACUUUAAUCACGACAACUUAAAGGGAGGUGAUGACUUUGACCGUGAUUACGCCUUGAGCUGCGAGGUGAGUGUGGUGCGUGGUGUGGAUGACUUCGGCUUCCCUACACACUGCAGCCGGGGAGAACGUAGACAGCUCCUCAUGCUGGCCAAGAAAGCUCUGGACCAAUUGGCAGAACAGUUGCCAGGGAAGCUGUACUCAAAGGCUGAACUGUCACAGGGCAAAGAAGACAAGGGAGUGACCGUGGGAGCCCCAUCCCUUUCCCAGUUGAGGAACGGGGUGGCCCGUGACUGGCCUGACUCCAGAGCUGUAUGGAUCAGUAAAGACGGGACCCUGGUGGUAUGGGUCAACAUUGACGACCACCUCAGAUUGGUGACCACGCGAGAUGACGCCAACAUCGCAGAGGCCUUCCAAUGUAUCUGUGUCAACCUCCUUAAGUUGGAGGUGCUGUACAAAAAGCUGAGGCACCCGUUCAUCUGGAAGCAGCAGCUGGGCUGGGUAGUGAGCUCUCCAGCAGACGUGGGGACCGGCCUGAGGGCUAGCGUUCGUGUCAAGCUGCAACUCCUGCCCAGACACAAACGUCUGGAAGACGUCCUCAAGAGACUGCGCCUCCGCAUGGACAAAACCGACUGCAGUGAGGUGUAUAACAUCAGUAAUGCCCAGACAAUCGGCUUGGACGAGGUGGGGUUCACGCAGCUAGUGGUGGACGGGGUCAAGCUGCUCAUCCGCAUGGAGAAGAGGUUAGAGGGCGAAGACAAAAUCGAUGAUCUGGUGCCUUUACAGAAGUAGAGCUGAGGAAGAUGGGAGGAAGAGGGAAUCCUGUCCUAACCAACACAAACCUCACAUUUUAGUAGUUUGACUGGUAGCGUGCUAUCAUAAUACUGUAAAGGGCUUUUGUGAGAAUGACAUGAUCAUGAGUUUUUCUAAAACCAACAAUGUUUUAACAGCUGACUAUGUUCAUGUUGAUUGUCCUAUGUGUUCUAAUUAAAUUAACAAUGUGACAUAGGUGUACAAAGACGUAUUGCAUCAAUAUUGCAUAAAAAAAGUUACUUUUCAAAAUGUCAAAUAUAAUUUUUUUAAAUGAAAGAUUCUGAAAAUUAUGUUUAUGUGCUGUAUAUAAAAACAGUUUGACUUAAGAACAUAUUUUCACCUGUGUUUGCUUUCAGUAUGAAGUUUGGCAUGGCCAUACACAUUAGGAUAACCCACCAGCUACAGACCAAUAAAUAUUUCUAUAUAAAUUACAGCGCUCUUUCCAAGAUUUAUCAUUCCUCCAUGUUACUCAAAGUUUAUGCUAAACCGAUUGGCUGUGAUGCCAUGGUUACUCACACAAAAUUAAAUAGUAAAUACUGGUAAAAAAGAACAAAUGACACCAGACAUUUGCUUGAGACUCCUUUCAAGUAAGCUUUAAUAUUGUGCACGAGUGAGACUGAAUCUAGAUGACUCAAGCUUUCCUCGCAUGUAUGUUGGGGUAGGAGAGCUUUUGGUAGGGGGAGGUAUUUAAUGGAGAUGAAAGGGGCGAGGCAUAAAAUAUUAACAUUUCUUUAACACUUUCUCCUCUACACUUGGUCUGCUAAGGCAACACAAUAGACGUCCUCUCUGGAAGUUGUACCGUUAACAAUGAGGAAUAUGCAUUUUUCCUCCAAGUGCACUAUACGUCAAGGUGCGCUAGCCCCCUCCAACCCUCCCUGCUCCCAUAAUGCCACAGAAAGUCAGCGGUGGAGAUAUCGCUCAGCUUCCAGAAGGGCUCACAGCCUUUAACCUUGUUUCCAUAUUUAUUUUUUUCGGACCACUCUCCUUUGUGCCUUUGCUUUUUCCUUUCUAUUGUGUCUUUUGAAAUCAGGAAAUAAAACGUCUGCAUUCCGUUUCCAUUCUCUUCGCUGCGUUAAAGGGUGCGGUCAAGGCCCAUCUCUCAUCUUUACAGUAAUACAACAUGGAAUACCAUUGCACAGUUGACCCUCAUUACUUUUCACACAAAAUAACGAGUAGAAAUGUACCAGCACUAGUGGUUAUUUUACAUACUCAUCGCAAUCACUAAUUACAAAGGGAAAAACCUAAAACAAAAUAAAAACAUAUGCGAAACUAGUUAUCUCCUAUUUUUCCUCUCGUACAGGUGAAUGACUCAGAAAUACCAAGCAGCACAUUAAAAAGGCAUAAUGUGGUGGAAUAAAUACAAUAUAUUUUGCAAGAAAAUAAAAUUGAGCACAAAAAGUCAGACAGGUGUCGUACAGUAACUAUCAAUGAACUGUAGUUUAGAAGGGAGUAAGGGAAACAGGGAUAUAGUCACUAGUGAGGUCAAACUGCUUGGGCAUCACUUUGCGUGAACCCUUCAAGCUUUGGACAGUCUCAAGCAGAACAUGAGAUAUCUGAGGCAGUUAUAAUAAUUGAUGUCACUUCCUGACCUAGAAUGGUGGCCGGUGCAUUUAUGCUACUAAAAGACCAUGAAUAGUGUUUUGAAUGGGUAGCUUUCACCCAAUAUUUGUUAGAAGAGUAUUUGAUCAUUAAUUGAACGCAAUGCCAACGACAUUCGCGACACCGUGUUUAAGACCGCAUAAAGUGGACUUUAUGAGAACGGGCUUAAAAUGUAGUGCAACUGAAACAUUUGUGGUCCUGUCAGUCUACGCUGGAUAUUUGGGUUCUCAAAGGUAAUAAAAGGACAUGGUUCGUCACAUCUGACUUAGCCAACAUAAGAUCCCUUAUGUAAAUUCUAUGCAAUAAACAGAACAUUUUAAACUGCAGCUACGCUACAUGAAGGAGGAUUGUGAGAAUGGCCAAAAAUAGUGCAUUAGGAGGAAUGACUUGAUUAGGGCUUUGGGAUGUGUAGAGUUUAGCUUUUCAACACAGUUCACGUCAUUCAAUCUCUCCUAUAUUGGGAAAGGAACGUAUUAUCCGUGAAAAGUAAAAAAGAAGCUAAUUUUUUUCUUUUCCUUGUGAGAAUAAAAAAUGUUUUUCUUUUUUUCAACAUUAAACUUCAGUGGAGGCAAACAAUCUACAAAUAUGUCAACAAUAGAAGGAAAGAGAACUCCAAAC